UUAGCUGUAUGAAUGUGUGGAGCUAGCUUGAAGAUGACGGUGUAGUCGUAUCGCAGGUAAAUAUUUCAGUGGUAACUAAGCAACAAUGUCUUCAGUUCAGUAUCUGAGAGAGUUUGUCAACGAGCGACUAACUGCUGCUGCUGAAGAAAUAUUCGGAGUCUUUGAACAAACUAUCGUCGAGUACGAGGAAGAGAUCGAUCGUCAGCGCAGACUGCUGGAUAUCGUUUGGAAACCCGAGAUAAAGCUACACAGGACAGAGCUCCCACAGCAACAUGUCUGUAAGGAGGAGGAGGUUCUCACUGACCAGCAGCUCUGUGACCAGGAGAGGAACUCCAGUCUGGACCAGGAGGACCCAGAGCCUCCACAGAUUAAAGAGGAAGAGGAGGAACUCUGCACCAGUCAGGAGGGAGAGCAGCUUGUACUGGAGCAGGAGACUGAUACCUUUAUGUUGACUCCUACUAAUGAGGAAAGUGACCACCAGCUCCUCUCUCACAACUCUCAAGAGCUCCCACAGCAUCAUGUCUAUAAGGAGGAAGAGGUUCUCACUGACCAGCAGCUCUGUGACCAGGAGAGGAACUCCAGUCUGGACCAGGAGGACCCAGAGCCUCCACAGACUAAAGAAGAAGAGGAGGAACUCUGCACCAGUCAGGAGGGAGAGCAGCUUGUACUGAAGCAGGAGACUGAUACCUUGAUGUUGACUCCUACUAAUGAGGAAAGUGACCACCAGCUCCUCUCUCACAACUCUCCUGUAGCUGAGAGCCAAGAUCAGGAAGGAAGUAAGCAUGUAGACCCAGAAUCAACAGGAAAUGCAGAGACACAACCAAAGAAGAGACAUCACAAGAACACAAGUCACAGUGACAACAUUUAUAACUCUCCCACAUCAAAAAGUCACUGUAACACUCAGACAGGUGAAAAGUCAUUCAAAUGCGACACUUGUGGAAAACUUUUUAAGAAUAAGUCCAAAUUGAAAAUACAUCAGAGACACCACACAGGUGAAAAGCCAUAUUUUUGCGAAACAUGUGGGAAAAGUUUCAGAACAAGUACGGGUCUGUUGAUCCACAGGAGAACCCACACAGGUGAGAAGCCAUAUACGUGCAACACCUGUGGGAAGAAAUUUACGAACAACUCAGCCUUGAGUAAGCAUACAAGAACCCACACAGGUGAGAAGCCGUACACCUGCAAUACCUGUGGGAAAAAAAUUAGUAACAAGUCAGACUUGAAUAAACAUACAAGAACCCACACAGGUGAGAAGCCAUAUUUUUGUGAAACGUGUGGGAAGGGUUUCAGUACUAGUGCACGCUUGUUGGUCCAUGUGAGAAUCCACACAGGUGAGAAGCCGUACACCUGCAACACCUGUGGGAAAAAGUUUAGUGACAAGUCAGACUUGAGUAAGCACACAAGAACCCACACUGGUGAGAAGCCACAUUUUUGCGAAACAUGUGGGAAAGGUUUCACUACUCGUACAGUCUUGAUGGUUCACAUGAGAAUCCACACAGGUGAGAAGCCUUAUUCUUGUGAAACAUGUGGGAAAGAUUUCAGAACUUCUUAUGAAUCCUUGGUCCACAUGAGAAUCCACACAGGUGAGAAGCCGUACACCUGUGACAUCUGUGGGAAAAAGUUCAGUCAGAGGGUGCACUUGGUCAGACAUGUAAUAAUCCAUACACAUAAAAAGUCAUAAUUCCUUAACAUGUGGGAGAGCUUUCAGACUUAGUGGAGAAUUGACAGUCCACAUGAGAAGAGUCCAUACUGAUGAGAAACCACAUAACUUCUCUUCUGCCUUCUGUUUCCCCGUGUGUGUCUUAGCUGUGAUUAACCAAGUUGUAUACUGAAGUACACAUGUUUUGUUCUUCAGGCUCUAAGUUUCACCUCUUUUUAAUUUGAAAUGAAAUAAUGGGAACAACAUUAAAUUAAUGAGUCUCAGAUUUACUUUGCAUUGGUUUACGUAACUAUUGGACUGUGUCUGUGCUUAUAAUUGAAUCUCUAAAAUUUCCCAUUGAGAAAGUUUCACAAUAUCUUAGUUUAAUGUAGUAUAUUGUCGUCAGUGCCAUCAAGUUUGGUUAAACAAGCCUCAUUUUUCCCUCCAUAUGACGGUGUUACUUAUAUUUCUGUUUGCGGCAAAAUUUCUUUGAAACAACUGUAAUCUCCCAAAUAUUGGCAAACCUUUUAUUUCACAGUUAGUGCAUACAACUGUGAAUUAAAAAAAAAAACAUAAAUGUAAUGAGAAACCCUCUAGUGUUGUUGGGUCACUUAUGUUGUCAUGCUAACAACUUUGAUCUUUUUUUGUCUAGAGCAUGUCCUUUCAUUUUAUGUUUUAUGUUUUUCGUGAUUGAAUCAAGUUUAUGUAUAAAAUGUUUUAUAAAAGGUGAUAUAUAAAUAAACUGACUUUAUUUUGUCAAAUAUU